AAAAAUGAUAUUUUUCGUGCCAUGCUGUGUAAGAAGAAUAGAAAUUCAAACAUGAUUCGAUUUUAUGCUUCCAAGAUAAUGUUUUAAAGAGUGUAAGAGCUGUUAUACCCAGGGGCCGGUUCAUUCAGAGAUCAAACAUGGCAAAAUCUUGUGACAUUUGAAACUUGCAUUGUUUGCAUAGUAAAUGUAUCAGCGGGGUACGGAUUUUGAACUAAACGCUUGUGAAAAGACGGAAUUCACUGAAAAAUACCACACAGAGCUUGUGAAAAAAGGAUUAAACAUUCGUUGACCUCCGUAACUGGAUCGAAAGUGGAAGGAAAAGUUUUGUAAACAAAACGAAGAGCCCUUCAGAGCUGAGAUUCCUACAGAUUCCAUUACAGCUGAUUUCACAUUCUGUGCUGAAGUGCGGGCCCGGAGUGCCACAUUGGGCUGAGAGCCCGGGCUGCCAGGUGAUCAGACAGAUUGGGUGACAUCUUGAACCCUUGCCAGACCCGCGGGCCGCCCUACCCUCGGGGCGUACCCAUACCAGCAGGAAUCCUUUCAUUUACUGGCUCAACGGUUGAUUAUGAUAUAUUUCAUUAGAAUUAUCCAUGUACGAAGAAAAAUAGAUGUCAUCUUAAGUAAGAACUUUUGUGAGUUUUAAUGAACACAAAUACCCUAAGAAUGUUUGAAAUAGAGACGCCCUCCGACACCGACAUUUCGGGGCUUACCCCGGGUCCACUUGACAUGUCGGGGCUUACCCAGGGUCCACUUGGUCACGCCGACCAGUUUGAAGCUGCGCUUGAUACGGUUGCCUUUGAUGUCACAGAAAGUAUUUGCUGCGGAUGCGGACACAAAAUCUCGGACCGAUACUUCCUGUCGGUUGCCGGACAACACUGGCACGUGACAUGCCUCCGGUGCACCGAGUGUCACGUGCAGCUGGACUCAGAAGUCACGUGCUUCGUACGAGACGGUCACGUAUUUUGUAAACAGGACUACCAACGGCGGUUCUCGGCUCGGCGAUGUUUCCGUUGUCACGUGGGACUGUCCUCGCUCGAGCUCGUGAUGCGGUCACGUGAUUACGUGUACCAUAUAGACUGUUUCACGUGCUACAUGUGCAGCAGACCCCUCGUGCCGGGGGACGCAUACGGUAUCCAUGACGACCAGAUCUUCUGUCACGAGGAUUACGAGCACGUGCUUAACAACUACCAGGACGACCCGGGCUCUUACCACGUGUACGAGUACAACUACCCGGACGUGGAGGCCUCAACAGAAAUGAUAGACUAUUAUGAGAUGCCUGGGUUCGAACACACACCGAAGGGGCGGUCACGAAAGAGGCGACAGUACAUGAUGCCAGAUGGAUGCUUCCAAACGUUAGGUUUGAUGACCAACAAGCAUGGCGACCUGAUACCACGUGAUAAGUUCUCCGGUCAUCCACAUCCGCGCCAGAAAAGAGUGCGCACUUCUUUCAAGCACACGCAGCUGCGAGCCAUGAAGACGUACUUCGCUCUGAAUCACAAUCCGGACGCCAAGGAUUUGAAGGAGCUCGCCAAGAAAACACAGCUCAGCAAGAGGGUUCUUCAGGUGUGGUUUCAAAACGCCCGUGCCAAGUUUCGGCGCAAUGCUUCCAAGCAAACCUCGGACAAUACGGAACAGGAUCCGGCAAACGCGGAGCAGACGACAGAUGACGCGGAGCACCUGCUCGACCUUAGCAAGUGCAGGUCACCUGCGCUCUCUGACGUCAGCACUAACCAGUCCAUGACGUCGUUUGAAGUAGCUGAUAAUGUUUCUAAACACAGUGACAGUGUCAACGAAAGUUUUUCAGACGGAAACGGCAGCGCGAAUGAAUGAACACGAUUUCAAUGAUUUUGAUCACGGAAUCAUGAUCGAUAACUUAUCUCUAGUCAUAAUAUGAUUUUAUGUGCAAUUUAUAUUAUUAUCGUUUCAUUUGUUUUUUAUUUUAAUAUGUACAUGUUAUAAAUACGAUUGCUCGUAAAUAAACAGAAAAUGUA